UGUGAGUUUUAAAUGUAUUUCGCCAAUAAGGGAGGAGGGUGGAAACUUACAUAAAGAUAGUUGUGACACGCAAAGUAGUGACCUGUCCUGACUGAACCCUCAACCGCAACGUCGAUCACUCACAGUGAAGAUGGCACGCAUAGGAAGGCUGUCAACCAAAGGUUCCGUGCUGUUGCUGUGUGAUAUGCAAGAAAAGUUCCGUCCAAACAUUUUCCAGUUCACCAACAUCGUAAGCAACGCCGCCAGAUUGUUACAGGCCGCCCGGGUUUUGGGAAUCCCGCCCAUACUGACCGAGCAGUAUCCCAAAGGCCUUGGUCCAACCGUUCCAGAGCUUGGCGCGUCGGACCUGAAAGCCCACUCUAAGACCCAGUUCUCCAUGCUUGGCGAGAGCGUGCAAACGGAACUCAAGAACAUGGGGAACCCGAAGACCGCGAUUCUAUGCGGCAUCGAGGCCCAAGCGUGUAUUGCUUGUACAACCUUUGACCUCUUGGAGCGGGGUAUGGAGGUUCAUAUAGUCGCAGAUGCGGUUUCUUCCAGAAGUCAGACGGAUCGCCUGUUCGCGCUGUCUCGUCUGAAGCAGAGCGGAGCGUUUCUCACGACCACAGAGGCCGUUCUUCUGCAGCUGGUACAGGACGCCAAGCACCCCAACUUUAAAGAGAUUCAGAGGUUGCUUGCUCACCCUUCCCCCGACACAGGGCUGCUGGCAUUCUUCAGCUCCCUGUAGGACGAGACCACACGCACGCACAUUCAAAACAACACCUCUACAAUAAUCUGACCACUAAAUAAUACAGUAUUCUCCGGACCUUUCAAAGUGUAGUGCACUCGCACGGAUCGGCUGUGUUGACAACACCGCGUGCUCGUGAAACCGUGUUCACAUUCGCUGUGAUUUGUCAUUUUUACCGUAUCAAACUGGUUUUCUUUUCUUUUUUUUGGUUCUGUCCAGACCUGAUUGUUGUGCUGUGUUUCUGUCACCUUUCCCAAAUGUCAUCAGGCAACACCAUACAUCAAGUGCAGCAGUAAAUCUGUUUGAUUAUUACAUUGACUGUUGUCUGUCAGAGUACAGCAGUAAAUCUGUUUGAUUAUUACAUUGACUGUUAUCUGUCAGAGUACAGCAGUAAAUCUGUUUGAUUAUUACA